CGGCGCGCGGAGAGGCGGGGGGUUGAAGAGACUGGAGGUCUCUGCAGCGGACACAGAGAGGUGGGAAGUUUUUCUGGACGGCCUCUGCGGUGGACGCGGAGCACCAACUCAGCGGUUUACUGAGACGCCCAGCAGAGUUUCAGACAUGAGGAUCUCCUGAAGCCGGGGUUCCAGCAGUAGUUCCAGCAGUCAUGGCUGACAGAGAGGGGCUGCCCAUCGUACCGGGCCAAGUCUACGUAGAGGUGGAGUACGACUACGAGUACAAGGCCAAAGACAGGAUGGUGACCAUUCGUCAGGGCGAGUGCUACCUGCUGGCGAAGAAGACCAACGAAGACUGGUGGCAGGUGAGGAGGGAGGAAGGAGCGAAGGCCUUUUAUGUGCCAGCUCAGUAUGUCAGGGAGGUGCGGAGGGCGCUCAUGCCCCCUCAGAAACCCGCCCUGAAGGCCAAGCCGACUGUGUUGGAUAUCUGCCGAGAGCCCAACGAUAACCUCAACAGACCUCAGCCAGAAAUGUCCAGCUUCGGGCGCCCGUCCCCUUCCUCCACCCCGUCGCCAUCCUCCGACCGGGUCACGCCACCCGUCCUGCCCAAGGAUGCUAACCAGAAUGUGGGGAGUCCCCAUCACUGCAAGCUGGUAGCAGAACUGGUGCUGCUUCACAACAACAACAACCAUCACCACAGCAACAAUUCUUCGUUGCCACGGAUACGGGCUGAUUCGCCGCCACUCAAAGCCGGGAACAACCCCAGCAGAAGUCCAGAUGGUGAGAAGAGCUCCAUCCUGAGCGAGCCCCCCGGAGACGGGCUGAACAAACCCCGGAACGACUCGGAGUCUGGAGACGAGCUGAGCAGCAGCUCCACGGAGCACAUGCAGACUACAUCACCCAUGAGUCAGGGCCGGUCCGUCUCACCGGUCUACACCAACCUCCAGGAGCUGAAGAUUUCUCAGUCCAGCCUGCCACCCGUCCCCUCAGGCUCCCCUCUCCACAUCCUGGGUGACUGGGAAACCCAUAAAGACCUGACGGGGAGACAUUUCUACUACAACCGGGCCACCGGGGAGCGGACAUGGAAGCCCCCGCGCACGAGGGACCCCCUCAGCAGCACCAGCAGUGUCCGAGGAGACAGCCAGGGCACAGCGGAGAGUGAGCCGCUGUCCUCCGAGGAAACCUGCCACAGCACCCACUCCAGUCAGUCUGACAGCCAGUACGGAUCGCCCCCUAGAGGCUGGUCGGAGGAACUGGACGAGCAUGGGCACACCCUCUACGUGUCUGAGUACACGCAGGAGAAGUGGAUAAAACACGUAGAUGAACAAGGACGACCUUAUUAUUACAGCGCCGACGGAUCCAGGUCGGAGUGGGAGCUGCCAAAGUACAACAUCUCUCCUCAGUCCGGAGAGGCUCCGAAGAGUCGCAGCUUAGAGAGGAAGCAGCAGGAUCCCAUCGUCCUCACCAAGUGGAGGCACAGCACCUACGUCUUGGACCUCAAUGACAAGGAGUGUGCUUCGGCGCCUAAGCAGAGCUCUCCAGACUCUGACUCCUGCCCGUCAUCUCCUAAGCACCCCUCAACCCCCUCAGAGAAGUGUGGAGUCCUCAACGUCACCAAAAUCACAGAGAACGGGAAGAAAGUCAGGAAGAACUGGACCUCCUCAUGGACCGUGCUGCAGGGCUCCUCCCUCCUCUUUGCCAAAGGUCAGGGGGGCAGCACCUCCUGGCCAUACUACCACAGCACCUCCAUCCCAGAGCUGCUCCUCAGUCUCCUCAGCAGCUGGAAGCGCUCAGUAAAGCCUCGUCCUGCCGUCUCCUAUGUGACCUGUAGACCUGCUAAGUUUGGCAGCAACCAGUCGAAGCCCGAGUUCACCGUGGACGUUCGGGGGGCGUUGGUGGAGUGGGCCUCCAAGGAAAAGUCCAGCAAGAAACACGUCAUCGAGCUGAGGACGCGUCAGGGCACGGAGCUGCUGAUCCAGUCGGAGAUCGACAGUGUCAUCAAUGACUGGUUCCGGGCCCUCACAGAGGCCGUUAACACACACGUGUGGGAGUCAGACGAGGCCAUUGAGGAGGACAUGCCCGAGUCUCCAGGAGCAGAGAAACAGGACAAGGAGAAGGACCACCGAGACUCGAAGAAGAACAGAGUGAUGAAGACUUCAGUGAGCAUGGACUCAUCAGACCAGAAGAAAACCAGGAUGAAGCUGAAGAAGUUCCUGACACGGCGACCCACGUAUCAGGCUGUCAGAGACAAAGGCUACAUCAAAGAUCAGGUGUUCGGCUGCAGUCUGACCAGUCUGUGCCAGCGGGAGAACACAUCAGUGCCCACCUUUGUAAGAAUGUGUAUGGACCAUGUGGAGAACACAGGUCUUAAUGUUGACGGCUUGUACAGAGUGAGUGGGAACCUGGCGGUGAUCCAGAAGCUCCGCUUCGCCGUUAAUCAUGAUGAGAAGCUGGAUCUUAACGACAGUAAAUGGGAGGACAUUCACGUCACCACUGGAGCUCUCAAGAUGUUCUUCAGAGAACUUCCGGAGCCCCUCUUCAGCUACGCAUCCUUCGGCGACUUCGUGAACGCCAUCAAAUCCUCAGACUACAAACAGAGAGUGAACUCCAUCAAAGACCUGAUCAAGAAGCUGCCAAAACCCAACCAGGACACAAUGCAGGCCCUCUUCAAACACCUGCACAGGGUGAUCGACCACGGAGAGGCCAACCGCAUGACGACUCAGAGCGUGGCCAUCGUGUUCGGACCCACGCUGCUGCGGCCUGAGACCGAGACGGGGAACAUCGCUGUCCACAUGGUCUACCAGAACCAGAUAGUGGAGCUCAUUCUGAUGGAGUACGAGAGCGUUUUUGGGAGGUAGAGGAGAAGGAGGACUCUGAGUGGUCAUUGUGUGGACCAAGCAGUGCAUUCAUUGGCCGCUAAGUGUUGCACUUACAGAGUUUAGAGGACCGGGGGGGUUCAGUCGCUGUGGGCCAGCUUUUUACGGACAGAGUGGUGGCGUGAUGAUGCGUGCUCGUCCAUGUGAGCUUUCAGGGGUUUCCACAGGUCCUGGAUCCUCCCAGACUGAACCCACCACCUGGCAGAAGGGGCGGGACCAGAACCGGGGCGGGUUUUCUGUGGUGGAGCUGUGUGUCUGUGAUGUGUAGGCUCUGUGUAAUUUUUGGAUCAGCUGGUGACCCCCUCCUCAGCAGUGUUGGUGUCGCCCCCCCGUCCCGCCCUCCUGUGUGUGAAUGAACUGUCCUGAAGUGAUGGAAGCUGUGUGCUGCCGUGGUCGAAGCCGGGGAUGCGGUGCUGAUGCUGCUGGAAGCCUCUCAGUCGUACAGAAACUCAUUGGGUGAUGGAGGCUUCGAAGGUGAACCUUUGACAGAUUUUGGUUUUGUAUAUUUGACUUUAAACACACAGAAUGUGAAAAAAAAUAAAUAAAAAGCAACACAUGAUGGACUGUUACCUGUCUGCAGGUACGUUAGCAUGGUCAGCUGCACAUUUUGAAUGUAAUUUUCAGGCUAACUGCUGUUUGUGAACUUGCUAUGGCUAAUAAAAAAAUAAACUGUU